AUGUUUCCUAGCAUUGCCCAUGGAUCCUAUGAAGAUGUGAGUUCAAUUUUUUCCUUUACUACUGUGGUGCAGUAUAAAUGUGAUGAAGGAUAUGUUCUGGUUGGAGAAGAAAAAAUCACCUGCAGAAAUUCACAUUGGUCAUCUCUAGUUCCUCAGUGUAAAGCUCUGUGUCUGAAACCAGAGAUAAAAGAUGGAACUGUGUCUCUGGACCAGGAUCAGUAUGUUGAGCCUGAAAAUGUCACUGUCCAGUGUGACUCUGGCUAUAGUGUGGUCGGCUCUCCCAGUAUCAUCUGCUCAGAGAACAGAACCUGGUACCCAGAAGUGCCCAAGUGUGAGUGGGAAGUUCGCACGGGCUGUGAACAAGUACUCGCAGGCAGGAAACUCAUGCAGUGUCUCCCAAGUCCAGAGGAUGUAAAAAUGGCCCUGGAGGUGUAUAAACUGUCUCUGGAGAUUGAAAGAUUGGAGCUACAGACUUGA